AUGGCCAGAUUGAGCUCAAAUGAUCUGCGCUGUGACGUACUUGAAAUCAACAUAAACUGUUUGGUGUCACUUUCAAAUGUUGAUGAUUACGUUUCGUUUGAGCAAAUUACUUGUGUUACUGACAGAGCCAGGUGUUUUGACCUGUCAGGUGAGCAGUUAGAUUAUUGCUCCUGUGAAUCUCUUGAAGAGAUCCUGAAAUCAGUCCAAUUUGAUUUUAUCAGUGUGCAGGGGGCUGAGCUUGAGGAAAAUAUAUGUUUUUACCUCGAGUCAGCUACACACCUCGAUGUGUCCUCGAACUCAGGCAUGGGAUUCUCAGGUUGGCUGUCACUGUCACACCUCCUCCGACAGAGUGGAUGCCUGUGGAGGCUGGAUGCUUGCAACAUGCCUAUGGUGGACUACGCCGCGCAGGCCUUGUCAAAAGCCCUUCUCACCAGCAGGCUGACAGUGCUACACCUUGAAAACACUUGCCUGAGCGCAAACCUCUCUUCACACUUGGAGCUUUACCUCUCUGAAAACAGCCUCAACACCUCCCAGGACUCCCUGCAACUUGGCGACUUCCUCAAAUACAACAGCACUCUUAACACCUUGGACCUGGGCAACAAUACCAUGUCUGACUCAGGUUUUGAGGAGAUUUGUGAUGCUUUGAGCUUUCAGAAGACUGGUUUGAAAACGCUGAUACUGAGUAACAAUCACAUCACUCAUCUUGGCAUGAGCCAUUUACAGAAUGUUCUGCCCCACUUAAAAACGCUCGAAACGUUGAACCUUGGGAAAAACAACCUCGAGAACAGAGGCAUUCACAUGUUAAAGGAGUCCCUCAUGAUCAAUCGCUCUUUAUUGCAACUUGGCCUAGCUUCCACAGGAAUAUUAUGUAAGGGUGGUGUGACUUUGGCAGAGAUCCUUGCAGAGAGUCCACAGAUCCAGCGAUUGGAUGUACGGCAGAACCAGGUGCUUGCUGGGGGCCUCAUGGCUCUGGCGUUGACCCUAAAGAUCAACCGUUCACUCAUCAGACUGGAUCUGGACCAACAUCUGAAAGAGGAAAAGGAGGACUUCCUGGUCGAAACGCAGAAGACACUGCUGAGCAGGAUCUGUGCACGGCAAACGCGACGGCCACCAAGGGUACGGUUCUGCUGCCUUUUUCUCCAGACCUGGCCAAAUGCACCGAGACCACCUAUCUGCUCCCCACCCAAACAGCUGACUAGAAGACAUAUAAGCAUAAUAAUUCUAUGGCAAAUAACGAUAACCAUAAAACUCCAAAUCCUGGUAAUAAAGCCGAAGCCUCUUUCCCUAAUGAAACAGUAGCCCUCCUGCUGUUUCCUGCCUAAUGUUCCCGCCGAGGCUUCCUCCACUUUCCAUAAAGCAAUUUUGCAAGCCCACUCCCAACGUGAAUCAUCUCGAAACGAAGAGAAGCCUCUCCCUCCAUUUCUCCUUGUGUCCCCGGAGGGUGACGCUGACUAAA